AUGGGUGCGACAGAGCGCCUGCAGCUCCUCUUUUCCCAGGACUCAGCUCUACUUCAGAUCAACACUCAUCUCCGUCCUACACCUCCUGCGGUCCCAGCUGUGGAGCCGGCUAUCGCUGAUCAGACAGUCCACACUCUUUCAGGGGCGUCUGGAGAUGAACCCAACAAGCCCAAUGUUUCCGUCGAAGAAGCAAACAGUACACCUCCAGUCCUCGAUGCCGUGAAUAGCCCUCAUGAUACUGCACCUAGCCCUCACGAUGGCACAUUCUGCCCCAUGACAGCCAUUUCUAGGUUUCCAUACCAUUACAUUCGAGGAGACCUUAUGCAGCGCGUGGCAAGCAAGUUCUUUGACAAGAGUCAGUUUUGGGACAGGUCCUGGGACCUAUACUAUAUCCAUGCACCCCCUCGUCUCGGUGGACGCCCGCUCGUUCUCGUUCCUGCGUCCCAGGUCCGAAAUUUCUUUCGAGACAUUAACAGCGCGCUUGAAUGUAAUCUCUCACUUCCACCCGAUGAAGAGAAGGGGCUUGUUCUCAGAUUCAACCGUGACGGAUUCCCGCAGCCUACCCUCCUAGGACACUCGGACAGCCGGGCCACUAAAGAUCGCCUGGAGUCGGAUAUCCCGUCCGAAGGCAGUCUCAAAGUUCGACCAGGUGAAAUGGACGAGCAGUGGAUAGCAUUUGAAAAGAUGAUGGAGGCAGCUGUCUCUUCGGCCAAGUCCAAAUCCAAGUCUAAAGCUAAGAAGCAACGCCUUCGUAUCCAACGCGACUUGGACACGCAGGAUGCAAUCAGACGAGCAGAGUGUUACCUUGGCCUGCGUGUAGACCCCUCAGACCUGAUCGACUGCAAAUGGGACGAGGACUCUCAUCCCGGCCCAGAACCUCCGCGUCUGGCAGUGGACAAACCGGUUCCCUAUCCCUUCUGGAGAGAGCCCAUCUUUAUUAGUGUCGAUGUCGAGGUCAACGAGCGUUGUCAUACUCAAGUCACAGAAAUAGGCAUCUCAACCCUUGACACUCGUGACCUCAUAGGCGUUGCGCCGGGACAACAAAGCGAGGAUUGGGUUUCGCGUAUACAGUCUCGUCAUCUCCGAGUACAAGAGUACGCAUACCAUGUCAACCGGUUGUACGUCCGCGGGUGCCCCGGAAGUUUCGACUUUGGUACUAGUGAAUGGGUUUCAUCCGAUGGUGUAUCAACCACAGUCCAGAAUAUUUUCGCCCAUCCUACCUUCUUUGACGGUCCUGACAGAAAACCUCGGCCAUUGGUGCUCGUCGGCCACAAUCUCGAUGCCGAUGUCCAGUAUCUUCAACUUGCAAAAGUAGAAAUGGUUGAAGAGUCCAGUGGAGCUUCUAAGUUCGCCGACCACAUCGACACUGCAUCAUCCUUUCGGCUUAUUCGCGGUGAACUAGAACCACGAUCUCUAGGCGCGGUCAUAUAUGAAUUGGGAAUAUCUGGAUGGAAUUUGCACAAUGCCGGUAAUGAUGCUCGUUAUACGCUGCAGGCCCUGGUGUCCAUCUCGACGUCUCAAGACGCCUGUAAAGAGGGGGAUGAUGAUGCGGCACCUCAUACCUGCGUUGAUACAAACACGCUUGAGGAGCAUCUCUGA